CAUCAUCUCGCGGGUCUAUGACAGCUUUUUCAACCUUUGGCCAGCACUACGCAAGUACGUACUGCCAACACACAAUGUCGAACGCGGUCGUUUCGUCCACAAAGGCCAUGUCAGCCGUGGCUGCGCGCUUCUCGGCGCGGCAGUGCCAGCGCUGCUACGCGAGCAGCGCCCUGCAGCCCAAGCAAAUUCGCCCGACGGUUCCCGGCGCGCCGAUGCAAUCACGACAGCCCGUCAUGCAGAAGAGAUGGAAAUACAAGACGGUCGAGGAAGCGAAGAGUCGGUACAGCACUGGGCCGUUCUCGUGGAAAGCUGGCUUGCUCUUUGUCGGUACAUGCGCUGGCCUGAUGUGGUAUUUUGAAUUCGAGAAGGAGCGCAUGCAAAGGAAGCGAAUCGCCGAUGCAUCCAAGGGCAUGGGUAGACCCAAGGUUGGCGGACCAUUCGAGCUUCUGGACCAGAAUGGCAAGACGUUCACUAGCGAGAUGAUGAAGGGCAAGCACUCUUUGGUCUACUUUGGAUUCACGCGCUGCCCCGAUAUCUGCCCCGAGGAGCUCGACAAGAUGGCCCGCAUGCUAGACAUUGUCAAGGAGAAGGCCCCCGAGUCCAACCUCCUGCCCAUCUUCAUCACCUGCGAUCCCGAGCGUGACGACCCCAAGGCUCUAAAGGCCUAUCUCGAGGAGUUCCACCCUGAUAUGGUCGGCCUGACUGGCACGUACGACCAAAUCAAGGAUUUGUGCAAGAAGUACCGUGUGUACUUUAGCACGCCUCAGAACGUCAAGCCUGGACAAGACUACCUCGUGGAUCACAGCAUUUACUUUUACUUGAUGGAUCCCGAAGGUGACUUUGUUGAGGCGCUUGGAAGGCAGCACUCUCCUGACGAAGGGGCCAGGAUGAUCCUUGACCACAUGAAGGACUGGAAGCCAUAAAGCGGUGCGGCUGGGACGAUUGUAUAUCAUGUAUAGUAUGGGCUUGCGAAGUCAAUCAUGUACACUGUACCAUCAUAUUGUAUUCGUACGUAUCCCCAGAAGCCAACGGAAUUACACAAGUCCCCUCAGUCGUAUUCGACUAUGACGAACCGACUUUCACGAACCAUGUCCUACGAUCGA